AUGAAAACCAACAACUCAUUGAACAAUGAGCAAGACGAUGAUGCACGUAAGCUUGCCGCCGCAGGCUACAAGCAAUCCAUGCCUCGUCAAUUCUCGCUCUGGUCUCUCGCUGCUCUAGCAUUCGACUUGACCUGUACCUGGCUUGGAGUCGGUUCGUCAAUCGGCAUCGGCCUAACGGAAGCAUCAGGCGCCGGAGUACUAUGGUCUAUCAUAGUCGCUGGGUGUAUGACUAUGAUUGUUGCUGCUGGAAUGGCCGAGCUUGCAAGUGCCUAUCCCGUCGCCGGUGCCCAGUAUUACUGGUCUUUCAUGGUCGCAAGUGACAAGUACAAGCCCUUCACCUCAUUCUUGAACGGUUGGGUUAGUAUUCUCGGUUGGUGGCUCGGUGCUGCCUCUGUGGCGAAUUUCAUUGCAUCGAUGAUCUUUGAAAUCAUAUUAGCCUGGUACCCAGGAUUUAAAUCAUACCACUGGCAGCAAUACUUGAUUUACGUUGCCCUCACCUGGCUUGCUGUAGCAUUCAAUAUCUUCGCCUCUCGAUGGAUUCCCUUGUUUAACAAGCUGAUCUUUGUUCUGGCGGUCAUCACUUUGAGCGCUACGAUGCUCACUUUAUUCAUUGUUAGCCGCAACAAACAUGCGUCGGCUUCUUUCAUCUUUACAGACACAACCAGCAGAACUGGCUGGUCAAGUGAUGGUUUCGCCUUCCUUCUUGCAAUAUCAAAUUCUGUGUACUCGUUUCUCGGGAGCGAUUGCGGUGCUCAUCUGUGCGAGGAAAUACCCAACCCUGCGAAAAAUGUCCCCAAAGUGAUUUUGUACCCGCUUGUUGUCGGAAUGCUCACCGCUUUUCCUUUUGGAGCUUCACUAUUGUACUCAAUUACGGACCUCAAAGCUGUUUUUAACACUCCUACCGGACUACCGUUGAUUGAGAUAUACUAUCAGGGCACGCGUUCAAAAUCCGCAGCGUCGGUGUUGCUGGCUAUGUUCGCCUUUUGCUUCUUCGCCAAUAUGAUUGCCAACAUGACAACAUCUUCCCGGACUCUGUGGGCAGUCUCACGUGAUGAUACCUUGCCAUAUUCGAGUUUCUGGAUGCAAGUCAGUGACAGAUUCGAAAUGCCUCUGAAUGCUAUGCUUCUGAGUGGGACUGUCAUCACGAUAUACGGAGUGAUCUUCAUUGGCUCCACCACCGCGUUCAGUGCCAUGGUCUCCGCGGCGGUAAUCUUUCAGCAAACUUCAUGCGUACUCCCGCAAGCUGUCCUGCUAUACCGUGGGCGUGAAAAGAUUCUUCCUCAGAGAUAUUUCAAAUUAGGUAAACUUGGCCCUGUCGUUAAUGCUGUCGCUGUUUCAUGGGUUCUUUUCUUGGACGUUUUAUACUGUUUCCCGACAACUAGGCCUGUCACUCCACAAAACAUGAGCUAUGUGUCUGUCGUGUCUACUGGUCUAGUUAUUUUUAUCAUUGGGCUUUGGUUCACGACUAAGAGACAAGUGUUCAAGGGACCGAAGAUCGACUUUCAACUCAUGAAUCAAAGAAGAAUAGACGCUAUCGAACGUGAGGUUUCGGCUACAGCGCUAGAUUUUGGAGAAAAUAUAGAGCCAAAAGUGCAGAACGAACAUUGA